AUGGCUGCUUCCCCAAAUUGGAUUCGCAUCAAGAGAGGGAGAAGGCAAGACACGUUCGACUACUGCAUUUUCGAGGUUCCGCCAUUGAAGAAGGCGGUCUUCAAGUUAGAGAAGACUUGCAGGAGGCCUGAACCUUUCGGCCGGAUUGGAGAAGUAGAUGAUGACUUGAGGAAACGCUUCGAGAAAUCUCCGCCGAUUGCUCCGGGGGAGCAUAUUUGGAUCGGUGAGCCAAUGAAGAUCGACGAUGAUAAUUGUGCUGUCCUCAAUUUUGAUCGAGUUGAUGACGAAAAAUUCAGCAGUGCAGAUGAAUACUUUUAUGAUCAUUAUCAGCUUGUGAUUGUUGCCAAGGACAUUACCGUAGCACUAGCUGCUGGCUUACCUUUGGUGAAAUUAGUUGAAGAUGUGAAAGAAGCGCAGGACAGCAAUGAAUUUGAUAACCUGAGUGAUAUGGACAUCGAUUCAGAAAAAUCCUUUGGAUUGCAGGAUGUUGAACAUCAUAAGUGUCCUGAUAUGACUAAGGCGAAAGAUUCGUCAGAGCUGGAAAAGGGAAUUAGGGAAGCGUCAAUAAAGAUGAAUCAGAAACUGACAGCUCCUCUUCACACAAAUUUGGGAACAAAAGCCUUCAUGAUUCUCAUAAUAUGGCAUAUGCAAUUAACCAUCUUGAAGACGAAGAAUAUAUGGACCAUACUGUAGAAGAGAAUGAUUACCAAAUGCAAGUGGAAUUUGAAGAUGAAGAGUAUGGUCCAGAGCUUGUAUCUGACACUGAAGAUUCAAAGGACUCUGAAGAUUCAAAUGCUGAGGACAAUCCGAGAAACGAUUAUCCGGAUGAGUCUUCUUCAGAUGAGUCUCCUUCAGAGGAAAGCCCAUAUUAGAAGAUAUGGAGUGACGAUGAUUAAAACAACAGAUCAACAAGAAACUUGCAUUUACUUUGUAAUAUCAAUUCCUUCACCUAUACUUUUACAUACUUUGUAAUAUCAUUUCCUUCACAUAUACCUUUCAUUGGCCAUAGUGAGAGCAUCCGAGGAAACUGAUCACUUUAUUUCAUUGGGAAAAUAUUCGAUUCGGCUGUGUUCUAAGUUCAAAUAUAGCUUCUUUUGCUCUGCCUCUUCAAUAACCUUUUGCUCUCU